CGUCGGGUGCAAACGUUCUGCGGUUUAAGGAUACGCGCAAAGGAAAGACUCUUACUGAGAUUUUAUUCCUUCUAUCUCUUCUUCACUUUUCUUUGUCGAAUAGAGAACCUUUCGUUGGCGUUGUUAAUCGAAGGUUACGCGCAGAACAAAAAGACAUAUUACCGGAUCAGCGGUUAGGCUUUUGAGUAGACGCAAAAGUAGUCAAAGGAAAAAUGGCAGAGGACAAGAACGAAACCAGCCCGAGCGCAGAGGGUGAAAAGCCACCACAGGAAGCGGCGCCGUCCAAGCAGGAGAAGGAAGAGACGAAAGAAAGCAAAGAGGAGGAAAAGAAAGUCGAAGAGAAUGGCGACGGUGAUAAACCGAAGGAGAACGGCGAGGAGAAACCCACGCCAGAGCCGAAGGACAUGCGGGCUAUAGUACUGAACGGUUUCGGCGGACUGAAAAGUGUCAAGGCUCUCAGGAAGCCUGAGCCCACCCUUGCCGAGGGAGAGGUCCUCAUCCGAGUUAAAGCAUGUGGACUGAAUUUCCAAGAUCUGAUGGCCAGACAGGGCGCUAUCGAUUCCCCGCCGAAAACUCCUUUUAUUAUGGGAUCCGAGUGCGCAGGUGACAUCGAGCAGGUCGGCGAGGGCGUAGAGAACUUUAAAGUGGGCGAUCGAGUGGUCGCGCUUCCUGAUCACAAGGCGUGGGCCGAGCUUGUCUCCGUGCCAGCCACGUCCGUUUUCGCGCUACCAGCUGGAAUGAGCUACCUCGAUGCCGCGGCGAUCACGAUGAACUACACCGUCGCUUACAUUCUCCUAUUCGAUCUGGCCAAUUUGACGCCUGGAAAAAGCCUCUUGCUUCACAGCGCCGGCGGUGGUGUGGGCCAGGCAGUGGUCCAGCUGGCCAAGACCGUGAAGGACGUGACCAUCUUCGGUGUAUGCAGCAAAUCAAAGCAUGAAGCCCUGAAAGCGGCUGGUACCAUCGACCAUCUCUUGGAACGGGGCACAGAUUACAGCAACGAAGUCAGGAAGAUCUCCUCAGAGGGCGUGGACAUCGUGCUGGAUUGCCUGUGCGGCGAGGAAUGUAAUAAGGGAUACGCCUUGCUGAAACCCAUGGGGAAAUAUAUCCUUUAUGGGUCCAGCAACGUGGUUACCGGAGAAACUAAAAGCUUCUUCUCGGCAGCACGAUCAUGGUGGCAAGUGGACAAAGUGUCCCCCAUUAAAUUAUUCGAUGAGAACAAAACAUUGUCUGGCCUGAACCUUCGUCACUUGAUGUACCAACAUGGCAGCCACGCGUUCGUACGACGAGCAGUUGAACGAGUGUUUGCCUUAUGGAACGAGGGCAAGAUAAAGCCAAUGGUAGACUCGACGUGGGCCCUGGAGGAUGUCCCUGAAGCCAUGCAGAAAAUGCACGACCGCAAGAAUAUUGGAAAGAUCGUGCUGGAUCCGAGCCUUGAGCCAAAACCGAAACCAGCGACACCGGCUAAGGGCAAAGCGAAGGACAAGAAGGCAGCCAGUCAGGAGAAUCAAGAGAAGAAAGCCUCGAGCGUGGAGUCUGAGGAGGGAGAGAAGAAGAAGGAGCCUGAGUUGACAAACGGAACAUCCGAAGACAAAUCAGAUAGUGAUUCGAAAGAAAAGGAAUCGAGCUGA